AUGGCGCAGAUACUACCUAUCAAGUUCCAGGAACACCUACAGCUUACAAAUGUGGGUAUUAAUCAGUCAAACAUUAGUUUCAAUACACUUACUAUGGAAUCAGAUAAAUACAUCUGUGUGCGUGAAAAAACUGGUGAUGUUGCACAAGUUGUUAUUGUUGAUAUGGCUGAUCCUCAAAAUCCAAUUAGGCGUCCAAUAUCCGCAGAUUCAGCCAUCAUGAAUCCAGCCAGCAAAGUGAUUGCACUUAAAGGAAAAGCUGGUACUGAAGGAACUGCUGCAUCUCAAAAGACCUUACAGAUUUUUAAUAUUGAAAUGAAGAGUAAAAUGAAAGCUCACAUUAUGCAAGAUGAUGUAGUUUUUUGGAAAUGGAUUUCUCCAAAUACAUUAGCUCUUGUUACAGAAACAUCAGUAUUUCAUUGGAGUAUGGAAGGAGACUCUACACCAGUUAAAAUGUUUGAUCGUCAUUCCACAUUGAAUGGAUGUCAAAUAAUUAAUUAUAGAACAGAUCAUAAACAACAAUGGCUAUUACUCAUUGGAAUUUCAGCUCAACAAAAUCGAGUUGUUGGAGCUAUGCAAUUAUACUCUGUAGAAAAAAGUUGUUCACAACCUAUUGAAGGCCAUGCAGCAUCAUUUGCAAGAUUCCAAAUGGAAGGAAAUAGAGAAAUGUCUACGUUAUUUUGUUUUGCUGCACGUACAGCUGCUGGAGGAAAAUUACACAUUGUUGAAGUAGUUCAAACACCAAGAGGUAAUCAACCGUUUCCCAAAAAACAGGUGGAAGUUUUCUUUCCCCCCGAAGCACAAAAUGAUUUUCCAGUUGCAAUGCAAGUUAGCUCCAAAUUUGAUGUAAUAUAUCUUAUCACUAAGUACGGCUAUAUUCAUCUAUACGACAUUGAAACAGCUACUUGCAUCUAUAUGAACCGUAUUAGUGGAGAUACAAUUUUUGUAACUGCUCCACAUGAUGCCACUGGUGGUAUAAUAGGUGUUAAUCGUAAAGGACAAGUAUUAUCUGUCAGUGUUGAAGAAGAUAACAUAAUACCAUACAUCAAUACAGUACUUCAACAUCCAGAACUUGCUUUACGUAUGGCUGUUCGAAAUAAUUUGUCAGGUGCAGAAGAACUUUUUGUACGCAAGUUUAACAUGCUUUUCCAAAAUGCCCAAUACGCAGAGGCCGCUAAAGUAGCUGCUAAUGCACCUAAAGGCAUCCUCAGGACGCCUUCUACCAUACAAAAAUUCCAACAGGUUCCAACUGCUACAAAUCAGUCAUCUCCUCUACUUCAAUACUUUGGAAUAUUACUAGACCAGGGCAAGUUGAAUAAAUAUGAAUCUCUGGAACUUUGUCGUCCAGUUCUCGCACAAGAUAAAAGGCAAUUAUUAGAAAAGUGGCUAAAAGAAGACAAAUUGGAAUGCUCUGAAGAAUUAGGAGAUUUGGUUAAAACUGCUGAUAUUUCUUUAGCAUUGUCAGUUUAUCUGCGAGCAAACAUUCCUCCAAAAGUUGUUCAAUGUUUUGCUGAGACUGGCCAGUAUCAGAAAAUUAUAUUGUACUCUCAAAAAAUAAGUUAUGUACCAGAUUAUAUACAUUUAUUCAGAAAUGUAGUAUUACGUACUACUCCUGAUCAUGCUGUUGAAUUUGCCCAAAUGUUACUAUCUGAUGAUGCUGAACCUCUCGCUAAUAUUAAUCAAAUAGUGGAUAUAUUUAUCGAGCAAAGCAUGGUUCAACAAUGUACUAAAUUCCUCUUAGAAGCAUUAAAACAUAACCGUGAAGCUGAAGGUCCACUACAAACACGUUUGCUUGAAAUGAAUUUAAUAUCUGCCCCACAAGUUGCUGACGCUAUUCUUGGUAACCAAAUGUUUACUCAUUACGAUCGAGCUCAUGUUGCCCAACUGUGUGAAAAAGCUGGACUUUUGCAAAGAGCUCUGGAACAUUAUACAGACUUAUAUGAUAUAAAAAGAGCAGUUGUACAUACACAGUUGUUAAAUCCUGAAUGGUUAAUCGGUUACUUUGGGUCCUUAAGUGUUGAAGAUUCUUUGGAAUGUUUAAAAGCCAUGUUAACUAAUAACAUACGUCAAAACCUUCAAAUUUGUGUUAAAAUUGCAACCAAAUACCAUGAACAAUUGACAACCAAGGCAUUGAUUGAUUUAUUUGAAUCAUUUAAAAGUUAUGAAGGAUUAUUUUACUUCUUGGGAUCCAUUGUUAACUUUAGUCAAGAUCCAGAAGUGCAUUUUAAAUAUAUUUCAGCUGCUUGCAAAACUGGACAAAUUAAGGAAGUGGAGCGUAUAUGUAGGGAAUCUACAUGUUAUAAUGCAGAAAGGGUUAAGAAUUUUUUAAAGGAAGCUAAGCUUACUGAUCAAUUGCCAUUAAUCAUUGUGUGUGAUCGAUUUAAUUUUGUACACGAUCUGGUGCUGUAUUUAUAUAGAAAUAAUCUACAAAAAUAUAUUGAGAUAUAUGUUCAAAAAGUGAAUCCAUCACGUCUCCCAGUUGUAGUCGGUGGACUCCUUGAUGUAGAUUGUUCGGAAGAUAUAAUCAAAAAUCUUAUUCAAGUUGUAAAAGGAGAAUUCUCUACUGAUGAAUUAGUAGAAGAAGUGGAGAAACGUAAUCGUCUUAAACUUUUGUCAUCUUGGUUAGAAUUACGUGUUCAUGAUGGUAGUGAAGAACCUGCAACUCAUAAUGCUCUCGCUAAGAUUUAUAUUGAUAGCAACAACAAUCCAGAAAGAUAUUUAAAAGAGAAUAAGUUCUAUGAUAGUCGUGUGGUGGGCAAGUACUGUGAAAAGCGUGAUCCACAUUUAGCAUGUGUGGCUUAUGAACGAGGAAAAUGUGACUUAGAAUUGAUAAAUGUCUGUAAUGAAAAUAGUCUUUUUAAAUCUGAAGCUAGAUACUUGGUGAGACGUCGUAAUCCAGAGUUGUGGUUGGAAGUAUUGAAUGAAAAUAAUGUCUAUCGUCGUCCACUUAUUGAUCAAGUUGUUCAAACAGCUUUAUCUGAAACUCAGGAUCCUGAAGACAUAUCAGUAACUGUGAAGGCUUUCAUGACUGCUGAUUUGCCCAAUGAACUGAUUGAGUUACUCGAAAAAAUUGUAUUUGAUAACUCAUUAUUCAGUUCUCAUAGAAACUUGCAAAAUCUAUUAAUUUUAACAGCUGUUAAAGCUGACCGAACUCGUGUUAUGGAUUAUAUUAAUCGUUUAGACAACUAUGAUGCUCCUGAUAUUGCAUCCAUUGCUAUUAACAAUGAACUAUUUGAAGAAGCUUUUGCAAUAUUUAAGAAGUUUAAUGUUAAUCAAUCUGCUAUUCAAGUACUUAUUGAUAACGUGAAAAAUCUUGAUCGCGCUUAUGAAUUUGCCGAACGUUGUAAUGAACCUGGGGUUUGGAGUUUAUUGGCAAAAUCUCAACUACAAAGUAUGUUUGUUAAAGAAGCUAUUGACUCGUUUAUUAAAGCUGAUGAUCCAAGUGCAUACAUGGAUGUUGUUCAGACUGCACACAAAACAGGAAGUUGGGAAGAUCUUGUACGUUAUUUACAAAUGUCACGUAAGAAGGCUCGAGAAUCUUAUAUUGAAAGUGAAUUAAUCUACGCUUAUGCAAAAACAAAUCGCCUUGCAGACCUUGAGGAAUUUAUUUCUGGACCAAAUCAUGCUGAUAUUCAAAAGAUCGGUGAUAGGUGUUUUGAAGACAAAAUGUAUGAACCAGCUAAGCUGUUAUAUAACAACGUCUCAAACUUUGCACGCUUAGCUAUUACACUUGUACAUCUUAAAGAAUAUCAGGGUGCUGUUGAUAGUGCCCGUAAAGCAAAUAGCACAAGAACAUGGAAAGAAGUGUGUUUUGCUUGUGUUGAUAAUAAUGAGUUUAGAUUAGCACAAAUGUGUGGUCUGCACAUUGUUGUUCAUGCUGAUGAACUAGAAGACUUAAUUAACUACUAUCAAGAUCGUGGUUAUUUUGAAGAACUUAUUAAUCUUCUAGAAGCAGCUUUGGGAUUGGAACGUGCACAUAUGGGCAUGUUUACAGAAUUGGCUAUUUUGUAUUCCAAAUAUAAACCUGCCAAGAUGAAGGAGCAUUUAGAACUCUUUUGGUCUCGUGUUAAUAUCCCUAAAGUGUUACGAGCGGCUGAACAAGCUCAUUUAUGGUCAGAGUUAGUGUUUUUAUAUGAUAAAUAUGAAGAAUAUGAUAAUGCGGUAUUAGCCAUGAUGAAUCAUCCAACUGAAGCAUGGAGAGAGAGUCAUUUUAAAGACAUUAUUACAAAGGUUGCUAAUUUAGAGUUAUACUACAAAGCAAUACAAUUUUAUCUUGAUUAUAAACCGCUUCUGCUCAACGACUUGUUGUUAGUGUUGACACCAAGAAUGGACCACACUAGAGGUGUUGCCUAUUUCACUAAGACAAAUCAUUUGCAAUUAGUCAAAACCUAUUUGCGUUCUGUGCAAUCUUUAAAUAAUAAAGCUAUAAAUGAAGCAUUAAAUAACUUACUGAUUGAUGAGGAAGACUACCAAGGUCUACGAACGUCUAUUGAUGCUUUUGAUAAUUUUGACACUAUUGCACUUGCCCAAAAACUCGAAAAACAUGAACUUACAGAGUUUAGACGCAUAGCUGCUUACUUAUACAAAGGAAAUAAUAGGUGGAAGCAGAGUGUGGAAUUGUGCAAGAAAGACCGAUUAUAUAAGGAUGCAAUGGAAUAUGCGGCAGAAUCAAAAAAUUCAGAAGUAGCUGAAGAACUAGUUACGUGGUUCUUAGAACGUGGAAACUACGAUUGUUUUGCAGCUGCUUUGUUCCAAUGUUAUGAUCUUGUGCACCCAGACAUUGUAUUGGAACUAGCGUGGAGGCAUAAAAUCAUGGACUUUGCUAUGCCUUACCUUAUUCAAGUCACUAGAGAAUAUGUUGCUAAGGUAGAUAAGUUAGAAGAAGCCGAAUCCAAGCGAUUGGAAGAACACAAAGAAGAAGAUAUCAAACCAAUGAUGAUACCUGAACCACAACUAAUGUUGACAGCCGGUCCGUCAGUUAUGGGUAAUAUGUAUUCGCCGUCCUAUCAAGGAACUCCUCCUUCACAGCAACCUUAUGUACCCCCAAGCGGAGCCCCAUAUGCAACUUCAAAUACUUUACCCUAUCAGGGCUAUGGCAUGUAAUGUGCCAAUUAAAUACCCUUUUCCUUUAUAGCAGUAUUUUAUAAGAAAACAAUGAUGGGCUUUGCUAUAUUCUGAUAGAAAAUUUACUACCCAGGUAUAAAAUACUUAUAUUUUAUAAAUAAUCAAUUUAAAAAUCAUUCCAAAAAAAAAAAAAAAAUUAACGAAAUAGGCUUUUGAAAAAACAUGUUCUCAUCAUUGUUAGAUAAUAUUAAAUAGUUAAUGUUAAUACUUGUUAAAAAUAUUACUUGUUUAAAUUAUUCAACCUCAC